CCAAUUACUAUCGAUAGUAUUUGAUAUUGCAUUGAAUUUCAUAUUAAAUAGUUUCGAUAGUUCUUCGAUUCCAAAACAAUUCAACGGGCAAAAACAGCAUGUUGCUAGAGCUAAAGCAGAAUGUUUAAUAAACUAGAAUUUAAUAAUUUGGUAAUAACCAAUAAAAAACGAAUACAACAAGCUCGUGUACAAACUAUUUCAAAAUUGGUGAACAAAGUGCGCAAAUUAAAGGAAGGAUUAAAGAAACAGCCGGAUAAUGAAAAGAUUCAGGAACGUAUACGUAAAACUGUGGAAUGCAUGUCCGAGCUUAAGUCGCUCAAAAGCUUGGACAUCAUGCGAACACUACUACUGCAAGAUGGCAAAAAUCACAAUACUGUGUUGACCAAUGGCCGAGCAACGCCGGAUGAAAUAGCAAUAGCUAUGCUGGGCUUAAAUAAAGUAAUGCAAACACUUGUCGCAGCAUUUCAACAAAAGCUAGAUUUAACUAAUGCCGCCAAUGCGGAUUGGCGUAUUGCAAUAUUGGAGACAAGCAAACGUCGCCUAAAGCUGCAACGCACUGAAGAGAAGCGACGGAAGCGCAAAGAGCUCAAGGAACUGAAAGAGAAGACACGCAAUCGGCUCGAAUGGCUGCAGAAAAAUCAACCAGAAGUGGAUAAAUGCGAAGAAGAUACAAAAAAUAAUAUUGAUACGGAUGCUGGAAAAUGCUUAAUCAAAAGACAGUCAAGCAAAGAAACUGAUGAAGAGCUCACGGGGAAAACAAAAACUAAAUCUAAGCCGGCAAUAAAAGUCAAAGCAAAAUCAAAGAAGCAAAAAAGUGAGCAAAUUGAGCUCGAUGUAAGGCAUAAGAAAUCCAAAACAGAUGCCAAUAAGCAGCAGCCCGUGGAUGCAGAAAUGAAGCCAAAUCGAAUGGAUGCUGCUGAACAGCCUAAGCGCAAGGAAACUAGAGAAGUAGAAAACAAAUCAUUACCUAAUGAUAACCGGAACAAAUCCAAGAAAAUGGAAAAACAACGCCCUACUCAUGUAGUCGAUCCGUUUUUCAUAACAGAAUCGGGUCAGCCAUAUCUGUCAACGGCAGUAGUGCUAUCUGGCGAUAGCAACAAUGAAUCGGAGGACGAGACGGAGCCCCGAAAUUAUGUGGAGCACCGUAAACAGAAGUCGCUGGUUAAAAAACAGGACUAUAAUAAUACGCGUUUCAAUGAACGUCAUUCCACUUGGGUAGCCGAUGAGGACAAGACGGAGCCUCAAAAUUGUGUGGAGCAACGUAAACAGAAACCAUUGGCUAACAAACAAGACUAUAAGAAUACGCGUUUCAAUGAACGUCAUCCCGCUUGGGUGGCCAAUGAACAGCAAAAACCAACUGUCACUAAUUUCAAAGGAAAGAAAAUCAAGUUUGGUGAAGAUGGGGACAUUACAGAGACAUCAAUUGCUUCUCCAGCAAUUACUGCGCCAACUCCAACUCCAGCCAGCACAGAGGGAAUGCAUCCUUCUUGGGUGGCCAAGCAAAAGCUAAAGCCCAAAAUUGCCGUGUUCUCUGGCAAAAAAAUCAAAUUUGAUGAUUAACUUUUGAAUCUAGUUUAGUAUACUUGUGUUACAUUUAUUUUAAUUAAAUAUUGAACAUUUUUCAAGCAUCAA